GCACAAUGAGCAGCAAAGGCCUCUAGAGCAUGGGCGUGGUGGCUUGGGAAGGACCAACACACUAAAGAGGAAAUUCUCCACCAGAAGAGGCUUCACUCCAAGAACCAUGUGAUGACAUUCAAAGCUGUAAACUUGAAUGAUUGACCAUCUUCCUUUCUGAAGUUAUAUGGAAAUUUGUCAAAAUCUCAACCCUUGGUGGGGCAAGGCUGUUUGAAGAAACAUGGUGAAUUAUUACAAAGUACUAGGGGUGCCUCAGAAUGCCUCCUCCUCUGAUAUCAAGAAGGCUUUCCACCAGUUGGCUCUGCAGAUACACCCAGACAAGAAUCCAGGAGACAAGGAAGCAGCAGAGGAGAGAUUCAAACAAGUAUCAGAAGCCUAUCAUGUCUUAUCUGAUGCCAAGAAGCGAAAGGACUAUCACAGGUCCAGAUGGAGCCAUACCAGAGGAGAAAUCAGAGGUGAUGACCGUACCAGAGGAGAAAUCAGAGGUGAUGACCGUACCAGAGGAGAAAUCAGAGGUGAUGGCCAUACCAGAGGAGAAAUCAGAGGUGAUGGCCAUACCAGAGGAGAAAUCAGAGGUGAUGGCCAUACCAGAGGAGAAAUCAGAGGUGAUGGCCACACCAGAGGAGAAAUCAGAGGUGAUGGCCACACCAGAGGAGAAAUCAGAGGUGAUGGCCACACCAGAGGAGAAAUCAGAGGUGAUGGCCACACCAGAGGAGAAAUCAGAGGUGAUGGCCACACCAGAGGAGAAAUCAGGGGUGAUGGCCACACCAGAGGAGAAAUCAGGGGUGAUGGCCAUAUCAAAGGGGAAAUCAGGGGUGAUGGCCGUACCAAAGUGGAACUCAGAGGUGAUGCCAGAGACAAAACCCACUUGGAGGAAGAACUGUGCUUUCAGAGGCCAUGUUGCAGCUUCCAGAAGGUCACUGAAGAUGAAGACCUCUUUUCAGGAGACUGCUGGUUCACUGGUCCCAUGACUCCGUCCAGAAGAACCUCUUCCCCCUUCUUCAGUGUCACGCCCAUCGUGGACACAGGAUUUUCUACUUUCGUGUCCCAAGGAUCAAAAUUGAGUCCUUGUGCCUCUGAGACACAUGUACCAUAUGUAAGCCAUGGAAUGGGAAAGUUCAGACUGGUCACCACUUGUAGCUGGAUAGUGAAUGGUAAGAGAGUUGUCACAAAGAAAGUUGUAGAGAACAUGAGAGGACCAAUGAAAAUAGAGAAUGAACACCUGUUGUGUCGGAAUCCUUCACGUGAUUGGAAAUUGAUGGAAAAUCCCUGCUCUUGAUGACGAGAAAUGACGUCCUGACAGGGCUGCAGUUGAAACUGGGCCCUGCUCUGAAAAUCUAUGAGUAUCAUGUAAAACCUCUUCAGACCAAGCAUUUAAAGAACAGCUCUUCCUAGUAAAGUGAAAUCGAGGUCUCAGUCCUCAGAACGGAA